AUGUUCAGACAAACAGUGCAGCCUAUUUCCAUCAUCAAAAGAUGUUUAAGUACAUCCAAUAAAGUUCUUGCGGAAGCAGGUAAGAAAGCAUCAAAUUCCAAAGUUGAACAACACAAUAAAUUUUUAAAUCAAUAUUAUAAUCCAGAAAUAUUGAAAAGUAUUCAAAUUGCAGAAUCUGUUGUUAAACCAGAAGAUUAUAUGAAAUUACAAUUAAGGGGACGUGAAGCCAAAUCUAGAGUUGCACCAUCACAAGAAGAUUUUGAUUAUUCAUUAAAAGAUCCAGUAUGGGAAGAACCAAUAAUAUAUCCAAAUCAAGGGUUAGGAAGAGCUCCAUAUCCAGAAAUUCCAAAUGUUAAUUCUCCAGAUAGAAGUGAUUUAAGAAUAAGAUUUAAAGAUGCCCCAGUUGCCACCAAUAAGCAAGAACCAACUGCCGCUAAAAACCCAGCACAAAUUGCUAAAGAAUUAUCUGAAUUGACAGGUUUAGAUGAAAGAUAUAUUAGAAACUUGUAUGUUCGUCCAUUGAUCAUGAAGAGAGUUUCUUUGAAAACUGCCAAAGGUAACAUUGCCAAUUUCUUUGUCUUGUCUGUUGCCGGUGACAAGAAUGGUAUGGUUGGUAUCGGUAUUGGUAAAUCCAGAGAUGGUAUCAGAACUGCUGCCACUAAAGCACACUGGGCUGCUGUUAAAAACUUGAGAGCAGUUAACAGAUAUGAAAAUAGAACUAUUCUUGGAAGUUUUGAACAUAAAUUUUCUGCUUCUAAAUUGAAGUUUUCAGCUGCUCCAAUUGGUUUUGGUUUAAGAUGUAAUAGAAUUGUUUUUGAAAUCUGUCAAGCUGCUGGUAUCAAAGAUUUGAAAGGUAAAAUUUUUAAAGCCAGAAACCCAAUGCAUGUUGCUAAAGGUUUCUUUGAAGCUUUAACAAAACAAAAGACAAUUGAAGAAUUAGCUGCCAACAGAGGUAAGAAGAUUGUUGAAUUAAGAAAAGUUUAUUACUCUCAAUAG